CUGGAGCCCUGCAGGUUCGGGUUGAUCCACGGCGCCGCCGAGGCUGCCGCGGGCAUGGGCUCUGCGGGCUUGCUCUGGGUCCUCCUGGCUCUCAGCGCGCCGCACGUCCUAGGCACUCACUGUGACCCACCUCCUGCAGUCCCCUAUAGUUACAACAGCUACCAGCCAGGAGAACAGUUUCCUCUGAAUUCCGUGUUGAAGUACAGAUGCUUCUUGAAUUCUCGCCUCAUUGGAGAGGCAACCAUGAUCUGUGUCAGCAAGAAUGGGACCGGGUCCUGGGACAAAGCUCCCCCAGUCUGCGAAGUCAAAAAGAACAUCCUGUGUCAGGAGCCUGUGGUGCCCGGGGGAUACCGGGAUAGAAAAUCUCGGCCCCCAUACAGGCAUGGCGACUCUGUGACAUUCACCUGCAAUGCCAACUUCACCAUGAAGGGCCAUAGAACUGUCUGGUGCCGGGCCAGUGGCAAGUGGGGGCCCUCAGCUCUGCCUGUAUGUGAGAGUGACCUACCAAUGGAGUGUCCUCCACUCCCGGACCUCCGCCAUGGACGGCACACGGGGGAAACAGUGGGCAGCUUUGCCCCGGGCUUCUCUGUGAAUUUCAGCUGCCAGUCUGGCUACCUGCUGGUGGGCCCGAAGACCAUCAGCUGCCUGUCCUCUGGAGAGUGGAGCGCAACCCUGCCCACCUGUGAAGAGGCACGGUGUCGACCCCCAGCACCCCUUCUCCACGGACGGGUACAGGAGCCGCCCAGCCUUGGCCCUGGCUCCAUCGCAAGCUUCUCCUGCGAGGAAGGGUACAGGCUCCUCGGGAGUCCCACCAGCUCCUGUGUCAUCAAUGAGCAGCAGGCCGCCUGGACCAAGAUGCCUGUGUGUGAAGAAAUCCUCUGCCCGCCACCACCGCCUGCUCUCCACGGGAAGCACUCAGGCAGCCCCAACACGGGCUCCCCACUUGGAAGUACCGUCUCCUAUACCUGCGACCCAGGCCCAGAGCCAGGGGUGACCUUCGUGCUCAUCGGUGAGGCCACCCUCCGCUGCAUCGCUGACCAUCAAUACCAGGGCAUCUGGAAUGGGCCAGCGCCACGUUGUGAGCUGUCGGUGCCCACCAAGCCAUGCCCACCACCCCAGAUCUCCCGGGGCUACGUGUCUGCAGGGCUCAAGGAACAAUACGUAUACAAUGACACAGUGCUAUUCACCUGCAAGCCUGGCUUCACCCUGAAGGGCAGCAUGAGGGCACGCUGCCAGGCCAGUGGCAUCUGGAACCCAGCAGUCCCCCUCUGUGAGAAACCAUGCCUGGAACCCCCCCAGGUCCCCAACGGGCGACAUGAAGGCAGAGGUGCUCUCCACUAUGACCCAGGGACCUCCGUGAGCUACACCUGUGACCCCGGCUUUGAGCUGGCGGCAGCGGGAACCGUCCACUGCUCCCCUGAUGGGCUCUGGAUGCCCGCUGUCCCCCAGUGCCAAGAGGCCGAGUGCAGGCCCAAUGGGGCGCGGCUAUUCCAAAGACCCCAAGGCCAUUUCAUUAGGACCCCCGUGAGCAGCUCCUGUGGUGAGGGGUUCCAGCUGGGCGACAGCGUUUAUCAGCCGUGCCAGGGCACUGAGCUGUGGUUCGUGGAGGAGCGCCUCUGCAGAGAGGUCACCUGCCCACCACCACCUCGCAUCCACAAUGGGACACACACGGGGAGCCCCUCGGCAGAGGUGCCCUACGGAACUACAGUCACCUACAAAUGCCAGCCUGGGCCGGAGAGAGGCGUGGAGUUCUCCCUGGUCGGGGAGCACACCCUGCGCUGCAUUAGUGCCGGCCAGGCCGGGGGCAUGUGGAGUGCGCCAGCCCCCACCUGCAGACUCUCCCUCCCUACCACGCUCUGCCCACCAGUCCACGUGGACAAUGGGUACAUGGUGUCUGGCCAGGACACCCCCUACUCAUACAACGCCAGCGUGGUGCUCGCCUGCAAGCCUGGAUUCACUCUGAAGGGCAGCACACAGAUACGCUGUGGGCCUGGUGGCUCCUGGGACCCCAAGAUGCCUGUCUGUGAGCGAGAAACACAAUGCCAGCCCAUGGGGGACACCAGCCAAGAGCCUCCGCCUGGGGCCCAUGUGGUCCCUGCUAAUGCAUCCUGUCAGGAUGGGUUCCGCCAGACUGGGUUUGCUCAUCGAAAGUGUGAAGACACCGGGCAAGGGGUCUGGUUCCAGAGGGUCCCGCUUUGCGAAGCUCUGCAGUGUCCACCCCCACCCCUGAUAGACCACGGGAAGCACUCCGGGGGAGCCGCCAGCACCUUUCCCUAUGGAAGCCGCAUCACCUAUGUGUGUGAGCCAGGCUUCCACCUUCAGGGACAGGAGAGCCUGCAGUGUGGCGGCCAUGCAGCAGCAGGUCAGGAGACCUGGAGUGGCCCUGCCCCCCAGUGCCUGGAGGUGCCCCAGGCACGGUCCUGUCCUAGACCUGAGGUCAGACACGGGCACCUGCAGCCCGGGCCCCGUGCAGCAUACCCUCACCACAGCACGGUGCACGUGGAGUGUGACCCCGGCUUCAUUAUGAAUGGGAGCCAGGUCAUCCGCUGCCAGCCGAACAACACGUGGGCACCAGCUGUGCCCACCUGCAUCAAGAGAGCCCUUCGGGAUUGUCCUCGUCCCCUCCUGAUCCCCAAUGGGAACCACACUGGUGGGGACAGAGCCUGGUUUCCUCCUGGGAUGGCAGUGCUAUACGGCUGUGAUCAAGGCUACCUGCUGGAGGGGGCCGAGCUGCUGGUGUGCACAGUGGCCGGGACCUGGAGCCAGCCCAUCCCAUCCUGCACAGAGGUGAACUGCAGCUCCCCAGCACAGGUGGAGGGCGUGCAGCGGGGGCUGGAGCCCGGGAGAACUUACCAGUAUGGGGCCAUCGUGACUGUGGAGUGUGCGGAUGGCUACACGCUGGAAGGCAGCUCCCAGAGCCAGUGUGAGGAUGACCGCGGCUGGAACCCACCCCUGGCUGUGUGCAGGUCCCAGGGGCCACUUGCUCCUGUUCUUUUCGGUCUGUCUGCAGGCCUCGUCUUUCUCUUCUGCUUGGUUGUCGUCACCUUCUGCAUGAUCCUAAAGCACAAAGAACGCAAUUAUUAUACGAAUGCCAGACCUAAAGAAGACCUCAACUUAGAAACACGAGAAGUCUAUUCCAUGGGCCCCUAUGACCCAGCAAGUUAAUCAGAAGACAACCUGACUCCUGGCUCCUGACCCACGGCGCACACAGAGGAGAUGGUGUGUCCCUGCCACCUGGCACCUGUGGGUCUGCACCUGCCCUGGCUCUGCCACCCCGAUGUACUCCCACAGAGUGGGGAGGCAUCUCACGAUCUCACGGGAAGGCAGUUCUGGGAUGAUGAGGGAUCCUCCUGCCUGUAACCACUCACUGCUACCUGCUCGUGAAUGCCUGGCGCAGCGAAGCACUCUAGGAGCUGUGGCAGCUGUGCCCGCGGUCUGAGGGGUAAAUCUCACCUUCACUUUCACUCCACUGGGCUUUUCACAUGACAUUCUCUGCCUUUUCAUGACCACGCACUGAUUGCAGCAAGCACACCUUCAACUCCAGGAGCCGUGUUUUAAUUCCAACUUUCAAUUUACACCUCAAGCUUCAGUGUUCCAUGGCAGUUU